GACACAAUGGCGAAUCCAAUGCCUUAUAAAUAGCUGACAGAUUGACCAAGCCGCUAACCCGCUCUCCCAUCCCGAAGCCACGUCUUACAUCUAUCAACCUUAAACCCCUGAGACACUGCCACUUGUACUCUUUCGCUACCUUAUACUCCUCGUAUCCCGUGUCUCUCCUCUCACUGCUCUUUUCGAUCCAGAAAAUCUGAACCUAAUUCUCUACUCGACACACCAACAAAAAUCUCUCAAACCCAAAAGAAAAAUGUCAGGCGGGGUUGGUCCGACCUGCAGUGACAUAAGCCUUCCAAAGGAACAACAUGAAGAUUUCUCUUCCCUGAAAAAAAAGGGCCAAAACAUUGCUCCAUCGAAGAAGGCUGGUUUUCUGAGCUUCACCCAACUAAAUGCCCUCGCUGUUAUCACUAUCCUCGCUGCAAGUGGCAUGGUAAGCCCUGAAGACUUUGCUUUCGUUGUCUUUUCCAUCAUCUACAUGUUCUUCAUUUCCAAGGUUGCAUUCCCUUGUGUCAACCCAUCAAAGGACUCCGCAUCAGUUUUUGAUCCAAAAAAUAAGAUUUUACGCCUCUACGUGUCUGUUGCUGCUAUAAUUGGCCUAUUUCUCCCCAUAGCUUAUAUCUUUGAAGGCAUCUUUGAGGGUGAUAAAGAGGGAAUCAAGGCAGCCGCACCACAUCUCUUUCUCUUAGCGAGUCAAGUUUUCAUGGAAGGGGUGGCAUUUUCACUCAGGUUUGCAAUACCUGUACGGGUUUUCGUGCCGGUAUUCUAUAAUUCGAGGAGGAUUUUUACCAUUGUGGAGUGGUUGACAAGUGAGUUCAAGGUGGAACAGGACCAUGGAGGAUCUGCCAGGAGGGUGCUCGUUGGGAGAGCUCUUGCUGUGGCUAAUAUGGCCUUUUGGUGCUUCAAUCUUUUUGGCUUCUUGUUGCCUGUUUAUCUUCCAAAAGCCUUCAAGAAGUAUUACUCUGCGUAUGACGUUAAAGAUUAAAGUGUUUCUCAUGUAACCUGUAGUCCCGUAUAGCACAAAAAAAAUGAAUUCCUGUUGCAA